AUGACAACAAUUAGGCUUUUCCUUGCUUCGGUAGCAAUCAACAAUUGUCAUCUAGCCCAACUUGAUGUACACAAUGUUUUUCUUCAUGGUAAUCUGGAUGAGGAGAUUUAUAUGGAUUUACCACCAGGUUAUAUGGUUCCGGGGGAGUUUCCUACAAGGGAAAGGUUGUCUAAUUAUUCAAUGUUUACUAAGACUGAUCAGCAAGGUUUCAUAGCUCUCUUUGUUUAUGUGGAUGAUAUAAUUGUGGGAAGUAGCAAUUUGAAUGCCAUUGUAUUUGUUAAGCAGUUUCUGCACACUCAAUUCAAGAAUAAGAAUCUAGGGCUUUUGAAAUUUUUCUUGGGAGUAGAGGUUGCAAGAAACGCAGCUGAUAUUACUUCUUAUCGAAGAUUGAUUGGCAGACUCAUUUAUUUGACCAUCACAAGGCUAGACAUCACCUAUGCUGACAGUGUACUUAGCCAAUUCAUAGAUAAACCAGCUCUGAUUCAUCUCUUUUAUGCUCACAGAGUUAUGAGGUAUUUGAAAGGCUCAAUUGGUCAGGGACUCUUCUUCUCUUCCAAUUAUUCUUUACAUCUUAAGGCAUAUAGCGAUUCAGAUUGGGCAGCAUGCCCUGAAACUAGAAGAUCUAUUACUCGGUUAUGUAUUUUUCUUGGAGAUUCAUUGGUGAGCUGGAAAUCCAUGAAACAACCAAUUGUAUCUCGAUCAUCUGCUGAAGCAGAAUAUCGACCCUUAGCUUUUACAUGCUACAAAAUAGUUGACUAA